AAACCGCACACUGGCCAUCGGUUAGGGACCAUUUAUGCAGAAAUCCCAAAACCAGAGGCUUUAAGAAAUCUCUCUCUUGAUCGGAGAGUCGACGAUUCCACCGGUUUGCACAUAAUCGAUGGAGUACUAUUCUUCUUCACAGUUUCCCCUCUCCUAUUGGGACUAUUUCAUAUUUAUCUUCCUUAGACCCGUUCUUGCCGUCUCUUUUGCCCUCUCCUUACUCUUCAUCGGUUGGUUUUUGGCCUGGAAGCUAGUGCUGGUGCACGUACCUCUGGUUCAAGAGAUUUUUGGUCUGCGGAAAAAAACUUUUAAGCCAAAGCCUGCGAAUCGAGGCCGCUUCACACGAUAUUACAACACUAAAAACGCCCAGAAUUCCUCUUAGUGAGGAUCAUAAUUAUAGAAGCUUUGGAGAAUCUCACGACUCACAGUCAAGACACUGGGCAAUAUGGUCGAAGAUUGCAAAUUUAGCAGGUUUACUGUACAUAAAGUAGUUGGUAAGUUCAAUUGUUCAACUCGUUCCGAGACAUUUAUCUGUAAAAUAAUUAUGCUGGUUAUAUAUUUCCCAAUCAUAUCCCAGUGUACUGAUUAAAAUCUUCGGUAUUCUUGUGAUUAUUUUUUCCUAAUUUUUCUGUAAUCAAUAAGAACAAAUGUUUGUAAACUGCUAAUAGUUUGAAUGAUAACUUGAUUUUCAUUCUGAUCUUCAA